AUGAAAAUACCGGGACUUCCACAGCUAGUGGGGGAACUUUGUUUACUAAUCUUCUUUGUUGUGUGUCCUUUCUCAGAUGAAAAUAAGGAGUAUUUCCUGGCGCUGCAGAAGAUGAUUGAAGAGAUGGCGGAGAAGGCAGGAGGGCCCGUGGUGCUCAUCGCUCACAGCAUGGGCAACAUGUACACCCUGUACUUCCUCAACCAGCAGCCACAGGCCUGGAAGGACCGAUACAUCAAAGCAUUCAUCUCUCUGGGAUCACCGUGGGCCGGGGUGGCCAAGACCCUCCGGGUGCUCAUCUCUGGUGAUAAUAACCGCAUCCCGGUGAUCAGCCCGCUGAAGAUUCGCUCCCAACAACGUUCUGCUGUCUCCACCUCCUGGCUGCUGCCCUACGCCCACUCCUGGACCAAAGAUCAGGUGUUGGUGCAGACCCCCACCACCAACUACACCGUGCUGGACUACCAGCGCCUCUACAAGGACAUCGACUUUGAGGAUGGCUGGAUGAUGCGGCAGGACACAGAGCCACUGGUGGCCGACCUCAGCCCCCCCGGGGUGGCCGUCCACUGCCUGUACGGCAGUGGCAUCCCCACACAGGCCAGCUUCCAGUACACCGACAAGUUCCCCGACGUGGAGCCCACGGUGGUGAUGAGCGACGGGGACGGGACGGUCAACCUGCAGAGCGCCACGCAGUGUGGCCGCUGGGUGGGGGGGCAGAAACAGCCCGUGAUGUUGAAGGAGCUCGACGGGAACGAGCACGUGGACAUGCUGCUGAACUUCACCACCGUGGCUUACAUCAAGGAUGUGCUGUUCUCCCCAUAAUGCUGGCAGGAAGUGACACGUCUCUCACUAAUUUAUUGUCAACAAAUUACAAAUAAUUGUAUUAGGUUAGUUGAUAUUAGGUUCAACUUAAAGGUGGAGUAGGUCAUUUUGGAAAA